AUGAGGAGUCUUCUGGUAUUAACAUUGGCAGCGAUUGCUCACGCUAAACCCAAGCCAGAAGCUGGCUAUUCCUAUUCCGCCCCAACUCCUUCGGGUAGUUAUGGAGCACCAUCAGGUGGUGGCGGUAGUAUUGGAGGCGGCAUCGGUGGAGGUCAUGGAGGUGGUUUCGGAGGUGGAAUUAGCGGCAUAAGCGGAAUUGGAGGAGGAUUCGGUGGUGGAUUUGGAGGCGGCUCAGGAGGUGGUUUCGGAGGCGGCUCAGGUGGUGGAUUCGGAGGCGGCUCAGGAGGUGGAUUCGGUGGUGGAUUCGGAGGUGGCUCCGGAGGUGGUUUCGGAGGUGGCUCUGGAGGCGGAUUUGGUGGUGGAUUCGGAGGCGGUGCUCCCACAAUCCAGAAACACAUCUACGUCCAUGUCCCACCACCAGAGACUGAAAUCUCUCAACCUCCACGAGUAAUUGCCCCACAAGGUGCUCCUCAGAAACAUUACAAGAUCAUCUUCAUCAAGGCCCCCACUCCACCAACCCCAACUGCCCCAAUCAUUCCUCAACUCCCACAAGACCAAGAAAAGACCCUUAUCUACGUGUUGGUCAAGAGGCCAGAAGACGGUCCAGAAAUCACCAUCCCAACAGCCGCUCCCACUCAGCCAUCCAAACCAGAAGUAUACUUCAUCAGGUACAGGACCCAGAAAGAAACCCAAGCCAUUGGCGGUGGUGGAGUCGGCGGAGGAAUCGGAGGUGGAGUUGGAGGUGGAAUUGGCGGCGGCAUCGGUGGCGGUAUUGGCGGUGGUAUCGGCGGCGGCAUCGGCGGCGGCAUCGGUGGCGGCAUCGGCGGUGGUCACGGAGGAGACGGAGGCAUCGGAGGAGGACACGGCAGCACCGGCCCAUCGGGUCCAUCGACCAGCUACGGAACCCCAGGAGCAAGCGGACCCUACUAA